AUGCCUCGCGCCAUAAAAUCAUCAGGCAAGACCCGUCAUGAUCCCCUGCUCGUUCAGCUCGACGAGGAUCAGCAGGAAGCAACAUAUGGUCGAGUCUCGGAGCCGGGAAAAAGAAAAAAAAACCCCAAAAAAUCAGUGCAGGAGAACGAAGAUUCGGAGGCUGUAUUAGAUCCAAAGACCUCAAGACGUAUCUUAGAAUUAGCCAAGAUUCAACAAGAAGAGUUAGAUGCUCCAGAGACAGAAGAUGAAGAAGGUGAAGCAGGUUAUGAAUUUUCGGCAAGGGAUGUCGAUGAGGACGAAGAAGAAGAAGGAGAUAGCAUAAGUGGUGAGGAUGUAGAAGAGAUAUUCGAAAUAGAUUCAGGAGAUAUGGAGACCCUAGACGCAUUACUGCCUCAUAAUCCUGGGGAGCGCAAAACUUUAGCAGAUAUAAUUUUCGCAAAGCUCGACAGUCAUGGGACCCAAAACACCGCUGCGAUACAAAAAGUACAACAAGAUCGAUCAAAGCCAAAUCCAGCUCUGGGGCUUGACCCAAAGGUGGUCGAAGCGUACACGAAACUGGGUUUCUUUCUCCAAAAAUACAUAUCGGGCCCGCUACCCAAACUAUUCAAGGUCAUACCCACUCUUUCUGCUUGGGCUCGCAUCCUCGCCCUCACCGAACCUGAAAACUGGUCGCCUCAUGCAUGCAGAGCGGCGACUAGAAUAUUUAUUUCUACAAUGAAGCCUCCGCAGGCUCAGCUUUUCCUCAGUGUUGUACUGCUCGAUGCGAUCCGGGAAGAUAUUCAGGAGCACAAGAAACUCAAUGUGCAGUAUUAUGAAGCCUUGAAGAGGGCAUUGUACAAACCCGGUGCCUUCUUCAAGGGUAUCAUCUUCCCAAUGCUCGAUCAAGGGUGUACAUUGAAAGAAGCCGCAGUCGUUGCUUCUAUCCUUGCUAAAGUGAAAAUACCUGUGCUACAUGCAUCUGCGGCAUUGUUACGGAUAGCCGAAAUGGAUUAUACUGGUCCCAAUUCCCUUUUUAUUCGAGUUCUCGUUGACAAAAAGUUUGAACUGCCAUACAAAGUUGUCGACGCGCUUGUUUUUCAUUUCAUCCGGCUUUCAAAUACCUACAAAGCCCGUAAUCGUGGAGAGUCUGAUCGUCUUCCGGUACUAUGGCAUCAAAGUCUGUUAGUAUUCGUGCAACGAUACGGUUCUGAUCUCACCCCAGACCAAAAGGACGCUUUGUUGGAUGUCGUGCGAGCCACGCCACAUGCGCAAAUCAGCCCUGAAAUCAGACGCGAACUGGUCAAUUCCGUUGUGAGGGGUGCACCAAGGGAUGAUGUGAGCGAGGACUUUGAAAUGGCAUGA